AUGAAUUUGCCAUAGGUAUUCAAUGUAUUCACAGAUAAUAACCAAUUUGAGAAAUUCAUUGAAGAUCUUGUGGCUGACUGUGUUCAUGGAAUCAAAUUACCAUAUUUGAGCUAAUUUCCAGAAAUUAAUCACUACAAUCUAAUCGUGGAGGCUCAACAAUUUAUGCAGCAAUUCAGUGAAUAUUUGCUAGAAAUGAAUAAUUAAAAUAGAGAAGAAGUGUAAAGACUAUUGGAUAAAUUGAAAUCUCAAAUAGACCCAGAGAAACACUAGAUCUUCACAAGGAUAAUAACCGAGAACUUCAAAGGAAUGUGCAAAUAGGCAUUAUACACACAUAUAGCAUUAUCCAAAUAUGUGUUAAUCGAUUACAAUUGGAAUUUGAAUUUAACAAUAUCAUCCAAUAAAAUAGCGAAGUCAUAGAUACCUACAAUUAUUGUGGAAUUGCAUUUACAAACUUUGGAUAAUAUUGCUAAUAAAAAAAAGAUAAGAUUUGAAAUGACCAAGGAAGAACUUGAAUAGUUUGUAGGUAAAUUAUAAAAAGUUAUGAAUUAAUUACAAUUAUAAUAUAAAUGA